AUGGAUCGUCAAGCCGCAGUGAAUAUAAUUGCAGCAGUUUUCGCUGUUACACUCCAAUUGGUCAACACUGCAUUAUACGACAUAACGCUUGAUUCCUUCGAGCCGUAUUCAGGAACCGAUCCGAGCUUUAUCGAUUACGGAACGCUGCGGGUGUCCAAGAAGAGUCGCAACGUGUUCGUCAUUGAUGGGAAGUUUGAAUUGUUUCAGAACGGUGGCGAUGAAACCAGGAUCGUGUAUCAGAUCACCUUCGGAGAUCAGCGGCAGCCGAUGUUUUCCGGAGACGUGGGAUACUGCGAGUCGAUAGACAACGACGGCGUUAUACUGACGAAGCUGCGAGAAGUGUCCAACAUUCCGCCGAAGGGAACCUGUCCGUUUCCCAAGGGGGAGUACCACAUCGAUAAGUACCAGCUGGAUGAGUCGCAAAUUCCGCCGAUGAUUCCUCACGGAAAGUACACGCUGAUGGUGCAAAUGUUGGAUAAUAAUGAGAUAAAAGGGGGUUACAAGUUGAAGGUUACCAUCAGUUAGAAAGUGUAGCUAGAAAUUUCGCAGUCUUAGACCAAGUCUCUACACGUGGUUUACGCCAGAAUGUUUCCGAAAAGAUGCUGAACAUUAUCUGUUUGAAACAAUUAGGUUACCUCACAUUUUGUUUUAAGAAGUUAAUGCUUGUUUUAAAAAUUAAUCCGCCUGCAUUCUUACAACACGCAUGACAUGUAUUGUUUGUGGAGGAUAAAGAGCCACGAAAGGAAAAAAGACAGACACACGCCAAUGGGCGUAGCUAUGACUUAUGACUUAAAAAAAAUCGUAAUUUGCAUAGA